UCUUUACUUUCAACUGCAAUUUCAUGAAGACAAUAAAAAUGCUAACAAUAAUAGAGUUAUUUUCUUAGUUUGUUUGGAUAAUAUAUGUGCUGCUUGUUAUGAGUUUCCUGAUACCCAUGGCUCUUUUUAAACUAAUAGUUUGUUCAGCUAUCUGUUUUUUUCCGCUCUUAGAUGAAAGUAUCACCUGACUGAUUAGUACAUUUGUAAGGACAUUUCUCAGUCAUUAAGAGUAGACAAAUUAUGCAAGAACAAUUGAGUAAUUUAAAGAAGCUUGUAAUUAUACGAGAAAAUAUCUGAAAUUGUAAUCAAGCCACUGAUGCAUCAACAGCUUUAUAUUACCACACUUGUACAUUUGUCAUCGUUUGAGGAGUUUUGCAUAAUUAUUCUGUAUGCAGAGGUAAGAACUUCAUAGCAUUUAUGAAUUUAGAAAUGACCGGAAUCAUUGGAGCAAAAUCGACAUGUUGCAUCAAUAUGCCUUGUGCUUUACAUCGUGCAAAGAUGCAUAGUCUUCAAUGUGCUAGACUUAUACAGCCUUUAUAAAGAGGGUAAGAUAUCAUGCUGGUUCUGUGUGUUUUCAUCAUGUUGCUAAGGAAUAUAGGUUAACAAAACUAGUAGAGUCCAGAUAAAAGUAGCUUUUCACAUUAAUAAGUUCCUCUUUACUUAUUAUUAAGUAGAUAUUAAAUUAAUGCUGGAUGUGAAUUUCCUUUUGUAUACAGGUCGCUGUCGACUGAAAAUCCAACAAAAAAAAACCAUCAAACACAUAAAAGAACAAAUGCAUAAUUAGAAUGUCUGAAAUAUAAUCCACACAGAUGCAGUUUUCCUUCUAGAGUGUCUGUAAGAAGCCUUUUGCACAAGGUACAUGAAAAGCUUUAAAUUUCAUGUUAAAAAUCUCUUUGGCGAGUGGUUAAAUUAAGAUAGAUAGAUGUUGCAAGAGUAGAUGUAAAUGACCUAGAUAUUUAAACUCAUACACGCAGCGGUGGAAAUAGGGUAAAAGAUCAUAUGCUUAUUAUCAUUAUUUUUAGUUCAGGUGUCAUGUAGGUUUGUAUGUGAAAGUCCCAACAGCUGACCAGUGUAAGAGCAGUGAAUUUAAGGCAAUGGCUUGUUGCUGACCUACGAGGUAUUCCUUUUACUGUAUUGUGUUAUUGGUUCUGAAUUCUUGUGGUUGGUACUUGGAAGUGUUCUAAUGUUUUUAAACUCAGUAAUUGAAAGUUUAUCUGUUUCUUAUUGUUAGUUUUAAAGCAGGCGGCAUGUAAGUUUGUAUGUGAAUGUGCAAACAGCUUGCCAGUGUAGGAGCACUAAAUUGAUGAAAUUGGCUUGUUUCAGACCUAUGAGGUAUUCCCUUUUAAUGUGUUGUAUCUUACCUCACCGUGCUAUUUUUUUGUUGACUCUGGUGUUAGUCCUUUUAAGUGCUCUACUGCUUGUUUCUUUUGUUUUACUUGGAGAAAAUUCUCCCCGAUGAUUUCUUUACGGAUAAGCUUAGUCUACGCAUCUAUUUUCUGACCAUGUAGGACAAUCCGUGGGAUUCUCUAGUGCUUUUUUUUUGUGCAUAAUCUAGAUAAGAGGUUGUUCAAUGAAGAAGGGUCCUUGGUGCCUCCGUGUUUCUAUUUGUUUUUUUCCUGCUAAUUUAUUUGUAGUGGACUUUGUAUUAUUUACAAAAAAUAUGCACGAAUCAUGGUUUCAACAAACUUUUGAUGAUAAGAUGUUACAUAAAAGCACCAAAGUUUAAUAAUUUAUUAAAAGUUAAUGUGUCAUGAUUGUGAUGGAUUACAACAGUUAUAUCUUCCUUGUUGGCAAAAAUUUGCCUACUAUAAACAUCAAAAUGAAUUAUAAUCAGAAGCCAUCUCUCAAUUAAUUUAAGUUUUAAAACCAAAAGGAUGCCCAUGGCUAGCUAAUUCUACUGUAAGCACCCUUUCUUCGCCAUAUUUAAUCUAGAAGAAUCAUACAGAAACUCUCUUAAUAUUUCCUUUUGGUUUGAUAAAGUGAUCAUCAUACCAAAAGCUAACAUUUACCUCUAUGACAGUGGAUGAUGUAGGUGUAAAGAGGAUUGAUGCCUAUUCUCUUCUGUUUUCUUUCCUUUAAACAUGUAGCUUGAAGUGUAUUGACUCUUCAGUAUAAAAUUACAAAACCCAUAUUGGCUAAAAGUAUUCCAGGCCAUAUAGUCCCAACUAGGCAACUUUAGGCUCAGUGGGAACACUGUUAUUUGCUGUACUAAUCUUUUAUGUCAAAAUUUUGACUAUCUCAAUUUUCCACCUAUGUGCUCUCUCCUAAAGCGAGAAGCAUGAUCACAGUUAGCAACACUCAUUAGAUAUUUCUUUUGCUGUUCUAAUUUUCGUUUAUUACAUCCCUCCAGUUGAAAUCCAGUCAUCAUCAAUGCUAAAUCUUCAGUGCUUUAUGUCCUUCAGUAAUCAUUGCUCAUUUGAACCAUUUAUUUUAAAAGAUUCCUCACCCCGUCCAAAACAACAUUAUAUUCUGACCUCUUCAUAUGUUAGCCAGCAACAAUCGUUUCUAUUGUGAUUCUACAUCAUCACGAAAAAAGCUAUCAUGAGGCACCUCAAUUUUUUCAACAUGGUUACCAAGAGAAACCUGAGCCUUCUCUUACUCCAGCAUUUGGUUCUAAUAAUAGCAGUGCAGGUCUCCGGUGAUCACUAUCACCAUAUUCAUCAUCACUCUUUGGAAAAUGAUAGAGCUGCACUUCUGGCUUUUAAAAGGACCAUAUCAUAUGGUCCAAAUUCUACAUUGGAAAAUUGGAAUGAGACCACUAGAGUGUGCAGCUUUGGUGGUGUAUAUUGUAACCAAAAGCAGCAAGUUGUUACCAAACUUAUACUUCUGGGUACUGAACUAGUAGGCCUGCUGUCCCCCUUCAUUUCUAACCUCACUGGGCUUCGAGGUCUUAUAUUAACAGGAAACAACUUAGUAGGCACAAUUCCGGCAUCCCUCUUCUCCAACUGCAAUUCACUGCAUAACAUAGACCUCUCAGAGAACUCCCUCACAGGUCUGAUUCCAUUAUUUGGUAAUUGCUCAAACUUAUGGAAUCUCAACUUGUAUAACAAUCGAUUUACUGGAGAAAUACCUCUCUCUUUAACGAAAGCUUCUUUUAUGUACAAUUUAGAUUUGGAGAAUAAUCUUCUUUCUGGUGAAUUGCCAGUUCAAUUAAUAGCUAAUCUAACAAAACUAAAAAAUCUUCACUUGUCAUAUAACAACAUGGUUAGUCAUGAUCACAACACUAAUCUUUACCCGUUCUUCUUUGCUCUUGCUAACUGCUCUGUCUUAAAGGAACUUGAACUGGCUGGUAUCGGCCUCGGAGGAAUUUUGCCUGGUUCCGUAGGACAACUUAGUGUCAAGUUAAAAUACAUGUUGCUAGGUGAAAACCAGAUAGCUGGAUCAAUUCCUCUGGCAUUGGGAAAUCUUUCUGCUCUUACAACACUAAAUUUGUCAAAUAAUCUUCUGAAUGGAACCCUCCCAGCAGAAUUAAGCCAAUUACGGAGUUUGGAACAGUUAAUCUUAUCAAACAAUUAUUUGACCGGUGAGAUUCCAGCGACACUAGGACUUUAUUCUAAGCUUGGUCUACUUGAUUUGUCAUGGAAUAAAUUCUUCGGUGCAAUUCCGGAAGGUUUAGGGAACUUAAUACAGAUUAGAUACAUGUUUCUUAACAAUAACCUUCUUUCUGGAGAGAUACCAAAAGCAUUGGGUCGAUGCACAGAUCUUGACAAGCUUGACUUGUCCUAUAACAUGUUAACAGGAAGCAUACCUCCUGAUGUCAAAGGUAUGCGUGAGAUCCGAAUGUACCUGAAUCUUUCACAUAAUCAGCUCCAAGGAUCUUUGCCACUUGAGCUCAGCAAGCUUCAAAAUGUACAAGAAAUUGACCUUUCAUCAAAUAACCUCACUGGGAGUAUAUUUGUUCAGAUCUCAAAUUGCAUUGCCUUGAGGAUGCUAAAUUUCUCAAAUAAUUUCCUUGUUGGGCAGCUUCCACAGUCCUUGGGUGAUCUGAAGAACCUUGAAGUUUUUGAUGUUUCAACAAAUGGCUUAUCUGGAAACAUUCCAGUGAGCUUAAGUAAUAUCCAUAAUCUCAUCUUCCUGAAUCUGUCGACCAAUGACUUUUCUGGAACAAUUCCUUCUGGCGGCAUCUUUGAAACUACCACAUACUUAUCUUUUCUGGGAAAUCAACGCCUCUGUGGGUCAGUACCAGGAAUUGCAAUGUGUCAUCAGAAAAGACAUUAUUUUCGCUCACCUGUGUUCUUAAGUAUAUUCUGUAUUAUCAUAUCUAUAUCAGCUUUCUUUUCAACAAUAUGUUUUGUAAUCGGAUACAAAUGUAUUAGAGGAGCUAGUUCUGCAGCCAAUUUUGAGGCAGAGAGAAUGUCAGAACCAGGGACGGUACCCAGUUUUCCAAGAAUAACAUACAAACAACUCUCAGAGGCUACAGGAGGGUUUGAUGAGCAGAGAAUAAUUGGGUCAGGAAGCUAUGGACGUGUAUAUAAGGGAGUGCUUUCAGAAGGGACACCUAUAGCAAUCAAAGUGCUACAGUUUCAAACUGGAAAUUCUACUAAAAGCUUUACCCGAGAAUGCCAAGUUCUCAAGAGAAUUCGACAUAGAAACCUUAUUAGAAUAAUAACAACUUGUAGUUUACCUGAUUUCAAGGCCCUUGUUCUUCCUUAUAUGGAAAAUGGGAGUUUGGACAGUUAUCUCUACCCACAACUUGGCAUGAACUUCCGUUCUGAUUCUUCAGAUUUGAGCCUCAUUCAAAUCGUCAACAUAUGCAGUGAUAUCGCUGAAGGGAUGGCUUACCUGCAUCACCAUUCUCCAGUAAGAGUCAUACAUUGUGACUUAAAACCAAGCAAUGUUCUCCUCAACGAUGACUUGACAGCUCUGAUCUCGGAUUUUGGCAUUGCAAGAUUGGUAUUGGCAGUUGGAGGGGGCAAUGCAGGGGUUACAGAAAAUAUGGGGAACUCAACAGCAAACAUGUUAUCUGGAACUAUAGGCUACAUUGCACCAGAGUAUGCGUUUGGAUCAAAUACAUCCACACAAGGAGAUGUUUACAGCUUUGGAAUUCUAAUCCUGGAGAUGGUGACUAGAAAGAGACCGACAGAUGUAAUGUUUGUUGGAGGACUAAGCCUGAGAAAAUGGGUGAAGAGUUACUAUCAUCAGAACACGGAGAAUGUAAUAUACUCCUCAUUGCUGAGAGCUCUGCAUGAUCUGUCACCUGAAGUGAAAAGUAUGUGGGAAGUUGUGAUAAGGAAAUUACUUGAGUUGGGUAUUCUCUGUACUCAGUAUUCUGCCUUGACGAGACCAACAAUGCUUGAUGUAGCUGAUGACUUGGACCGCCUUAAGAGAUACUUAUCUGGGGACACCACUGCAACGUUUGCCUCGUCUCUUAGUAUAUCAUCUUCUACUACAGGUGAUGACUGACUAGCUCCUUGAUGAUUGCUUGUUAAACAUUUAAUUUUGAGUUUAUUAUGAGUCAUAAUAUUACUGCUGAACCAAAUUGCUGUUCACCUUACAUGUAUUUGUGUGAAGUGAAGUACAGUAAAUUUGAUGUGACUCUUUCCUUAA